UCUCGACUCCAUCUUCGCGGUAGCUGUUGCGGUGUCCGCGGUUCAGGUAAUAUUUCGGCCGUUGCUGGAUCUGUAGGGCUUAAUACCAGGUCGGCCGCGAGGUCAGAGAGCGCGGUGAAAAUAGAGGGAGAGGAUCUGCUUUGAGAGUCAGCUUCCCGUCCUCAGCCGACCUCACUGGCAGGCCCGGCCUUAUCCACUCGCCGACAUGCAGCUCUUUGUCCGCGCCCAGGAGCUACACACCCUCGAGGUGACCGGCCAGGAGACGGUCGCCCAAAUCAAGGCUCAUGUAGCCUCGCUGGAGGGCAUCGCCCCGGAAGAUCAAGUCCUGCUCCUGGCAGGCUCGCCUCUAGAGGAUGAGGCUACCCUAGGUCAGUGUGGAGUGGAGGCUCUGACCACCCUGGAGGUAGCCGGCCGCAUGCUUGGAGGUAAAGUCCAUGGUUCCCUGGCCCGUGCUGGGAAAGUAAGAGGGCAGACUCCCAAGGUGGCCAAACAGGAGAAAAAGAAGAAGAAGACAGGCCGAGCCAAGCGACGAAUGCAGUACAACCGACGCUUUGUCAAUGUUGUGCCCACCUUUGGCAAGAAGAAGGGCCCCAAUGCCAACUCUUAAGUCCGUUGUAAUCCUGGCUCUCCCCAAUAAAGCCACUUGGUUCAGUCA